AUGGGUGUGUUUGAUAUCUUUGGCAGCAAGCAUGGCUUUGAUCCAAAUAAAUUUGAAAAAGAGUUUAGUCAGUUGACGGGGAAUAUCAACAAAACAAAACAGCAACUUGCAAGGUUGACACAACGCAAACGGAAGUUGAAUGCAAAAUUAGAAGCAUUCGUAUCAAUUGGGUACAUACUCAUUUUCCUGUACUGUUACUUUUCCAUUCCCAAUGAUGUCCGAGCCACCAAUCGUGUACAACAGUUUAUUAAGGGUCAAACAAAGCAAAACUUAUAUGUCCUUAUUGGCUAUCCAUUAAUUUCCAUAGUAGUUAUCAAAUUCAUAAAUUACGCUUUCAAUUAUCUCAUCAGACGGCAUGAUCGUUUUUUGGCCAAGUUGCAGGCCAAGCAUAAAGCCAAAAUGGACGAGUUGAAAAAGAUUACAAAUUUCAAUGCCACAAAUGAAUUGAUCAACAAGUAUGGUGAAAAGCAGUUACCUCAGCAAAUUCCACUUGCUCAGAAGAGCUCCGCUAACAAGAAGUCCACAAAACAAGACAAUUUGAGGGCUCAAGCGUUGAAAGAGUUGCAUUUGAGCGAUAAGCAACUUUCUCAGAAUGAAAAUUCGGGCACAGCAACUACACAGGAUAACUCAGGAAAGCUGCAACAACCCAAGGCUGCUACUGCAACUCCACGCACGUUUCAGGAUCGUCUAUUAGAUUUGUUUGUAGGGUCUGACAAUUCCGAGUCGGUGGAGCAACGAUACGCUUUGAUUUGCUCGCAUUGUUUUGCACAUAAUGGAUUGGCACCCCCGCAUUGUGAAGAUCCUCUGUUAGUUAAGUAUCAGUGUUGGAAGUGUGGUGCAUUGAAUGGGAAGGGAAUGUUGUUUGGAAAUUCAGGUCCAGAUGAACAACACUUAGAGGAUUCAGCAUCAACUUUCGACAAGAAUAUAGUUCCAAGUGAUGUAGCUGGUGAAGGUCAUAUUGAAAGCGGGCCCAUUAACGUUACAGACGACAUCAAGGCUAAUGCCCUUACUGAGAAAGCAGAUACACCUUCUAAUGCAUCACUGGAAGCCAAAAUAGAUUCAGAUACCAAAAAGGAGAGCCAGGUAUCAAACUGA